UGUGCUUCUGAAAUAUCUGUUGAAGGGGCUGUUGAAUGACAGAAUCCCAUGUGGUUUUCAGUCUUUGUUAGUCGAGCAUUGUUAACACAGCAUCACCGUCAUCAUCAUCAUCAUCGUGGUCGUCGUCGUCGUCGUCGUCACUGUUGUCAUCACUCAUGAGCCAGCGAGUCCGUGAGCCAGAAAAUAGCGGAAAAUUUCAUUUAGAGGAGAUUUUUCAAAUUUCAAAUGUGCUGCUGCAUCAGCCUACGGAUGGUGAGUCUCCUGGUGGGAUGGAUGCAUGUGCUGUAUGCCUCCACAGCCAUUUGCUUGGCCAUCUACUUGGACUACUAUGCCAAAAGGAAAUUGGCCAAGACUCCAAAAUACGAUGAAUUUGUUCAAGUUGAAACCAUAAUCUUUGCCUUAUAUUUGAUGUUGAAUGUCUUUCGUUUGGUUAUUGCCGGAUUUCUUAUCAGAGGCAUUAUGAAGGAGCGUCGUUCCCUAUUGGCUCCCUAUGUCUAUGGCCAAUGUGUCAUUUUGAUUUUAUUCGUCAGUUUAGUUGUGAUUGAUGCCUUGUAUGACCUGAAAGAUGGCAAGGACAAUGCUUACAGUUUCUUGGAUUUGGCCCUGGAUGUCACAUAUGCAACUCUAACAGCAUUAUUUCUCUGGCCUGUUUACUCACUGUACCAGAAAAUGGAUUAUUCACAGCAACGCAGUAGUAGUACUUUUAUAACCGAUACUACCACCAGCCAUGGGCAGAGUGUCGAUGUUUAAAUAAUAUCUUCGGCCAUUUAUUAAUUAAUAUUGUCCAAUAGAGAAAAUCUUAUUCCAGGCAGACAUAGACAGUGUCCAUUCCAUAAGCCCAACGAAUUUCACAUCACGAAUAAUUGCUCACAAUUUCUGCAACGAAAGCAUUUAUGGAAUAUCUUUAGAAAAAAGAAGAUUCUGUCCCCAAUCAAGUGACAAUAUCUUACGAAAAAGAAAAUGAAAAAUUAUUCUUCUCUUUAACUAAAUGUUGUUUAUACAUUUAAAUCAUAAGUGAUCA